AUGACAAGUGUUGGUGAGAAUAUGAAGGAAUUGGAACCCUUGCGCAUUGCUGGUAGGAUUGAUCCAAAUGAAGAUACAGAAUGGAAUGAAAUUUUAAGAGAUUUUGGCAUUCUUCCUCCAAAAGAAGAGCCAAAAGAUGAAAUUGAAGAAAUGGUUUUACGUUUACAGAAAGAAGCAAUGGUUAAACCAUAUGAAAAGAUGACUCUUGCACAGUUGAAGGAGGCUGAAGAUGAAUUUGAUGAUGAAGAUAUGAGAGCUAUUGAAACAUAUAGAGAAAAGCGGUUACAGGAAUGGAAAGCUCUUAAGAAAAAACAAAAAUUUGGGGAGUUAAUAGAAAUUUCUGGAAAUCAAUAUGUGAAUGAAGUCACAAAUGCAGACAAAGAUGUAUGGGUUAUAAUUCAUCUAUACAGGUCAAGCAUACCAAUGUGUUUGUUGGUUAAUCAGCAUCUUCGUCUUCUAGCAAGAAAGUUUCCAGAAACUAAAUUUACUAAAGCCAUCGUGAAUAGCUGUAUUCAACACUACCAUGAUACUUGUUUACCAACAAUUUUUGUUUAUAAAAACGGUCAGAUAGAAGGCAAAUUCAUUGGAAUUAUAGAAUGUGGAGGACUAAAUCUCAAGCUAGAAGAACUUGAAUGGAAGUUAGCAGAAGUUGGAGCAAUACAGACUGAUUUGGAAGAAAACCCCAAAAAAGGCAUUAUAGAUGUGAUGGUAUCUUCAAUAAGAAACACUUCUAUUUAUGAUGACACUGAUAGUUCAAACAGUGAUGAUGACGAUACCAAGUAGAGGGAAAUAGUUAAUAAAUAGCUUUAAAGUGUUUAUGUACUGAAUGCUUUAUUUGUCACUGCCUUUAUAAUCAGAGAUCAGAAAAUUUA